AUGGUGGACGCUCAGGAUGCCGGGAGUAAACUAUUCUCCAAGAGCCGCUGGAAGACCAAGAUCUUCGAGAAGACCAACGAACUCGCCGCCGCCACACAGCCCAAGGCCAAGCCGCCCUCGGACGACCACGACAUCAACGACUUCCUCAAGCCCUCGACCGACCGCGCCGCCCAGCAGCAAAAGGACGCUGCUGCCGCCGCCGCCUCGGCCUUCACCCGACCCCGCAUAGAUGUCGCGAGCGCCCAGCGAUGGCCCGGCGCACAGGCGAUAUUGAACAGCGCCGCCGCCGUCGGAAGAAGCCCAGGGCCCGGGGGUUUGAAGACGGGCACGCGCAAGAAGGGCCUCACGGUGAGCUUCGUGCGCACAGUCCCCGAAGUCAUUGGCCAUGGCGGCGAUGAGUGUGAGGACCUCGUCGUCGAAGUUGCCAAGAACAAGAAGGCAGCAAGUGUGCCGGAAGCGGACAAGCUGCAGUCCCAGGUGCCCCAGGACGACACGAAUCUAGGGGCGCGCAGCAAUGGCAUAGGCAGGACGCCCUCGCAAACCGAGUACAGGACCAAUCUCACGAGGACGCGAACAAACCCCGGCGAACUGUCCCCUCCGCUCGGCCAGAAGAUGCAGAUGGGCCAAAUCAACUCCCACGCCCAACUUCCACCAACACCGCCACGUUACAUGGGCUCUAUGGGCUUGGGAGAGCGACCAAAGGCACUUUCCAGGGCGCCCACCGGGUUUGAUGGUAUACCAGAGCCUGCAGCCACUCUCCCCGGAAGGCGGCCUAGCGAGGAUUCUAUUUACUCCCAGGACUCAGACAACCUCUCGCCUGUCAUGUCCAGGACCAUGUCCGUACGUGAGCCUACAAUCCAAGAAGAGGACGACUUCCAGCCAAAGCCGCUCAAACGCUUGCAGACUGGCUUCCGCGACCAGGACGGAGAUGGUGGACACGAGCCUGUGCAUGCGAUACCUUCAGUGCCCAAGUUGCCCGAGCGCCAGCUAGCUGAGCACGACGACGACGACGACGAGCCGAGCUCGUUUGCGGAAAGGGUGCGGCGAAAGAUGCGAUCGGAAGAGGGCAGAACGUUGCACGAAGCAUCCCAACGGGCAGCCUCAGGUCAAAGGCGAGACUCGGAGACGAGCUCACAGCAGUCUAUCGUCGGCACGCCUCCAUCCUCAUAUCACACACCGGCCGCCGCAAGAACACCUCUAGAAACCCCACUUUCGGAGUCCAGGGCAUCACCACGCAGGAUGUUGGAUACUGAAGACCCUCAGCGAUCCAGAGCUCGUGGAUCCUCCCCAGGACGGCCGGGAGCACAGUCACCACCAUCGGCGACCACAUCGCAAUAUACCGCAUUUUCCCCUUCACAGGCGCGCGCUUCUCCUGCUGUACGGUCAGACCCAUUUGUUGACACAACAAUAAAACGGGUGCCAUCAAACAAAGAGAAUGCCAUUUUCGGGGCUCUUGACGACAGUCCAAAUCUCCCAACUCCGCCCCAGCUUCCCCAGGGCGCAUCUUAUUUUCCGUCUGCACAACCUCAACAACAACCCACCUCACAGCCGCAACCUCCGCAACCCCCGCAAUCUCUGCAACCAUCUCCACUCCCGCAGCCUCUUGCUAUUUUAGGGCCUUCAAGUCAACUACCCUCACGGAAUGUAUCUAGUGCAAGCGAAAAACCUGCGGCCCCUCUUGCGCGCUCAGAUACAAAAUCAGCAAACGAGUUCGCGUAUCGGGAUUUUGGCGAGCGCAUCACACAUAUGAGAGGCAUCUUUCAGCUAACAGCCCAGCUCGGGGGUAACAUUAGCAAUCACUCGCCGAUGCAGUGGCUCCGGGUUGCUACGUGGUGGUUCCUGAAAGGACGUACUGGGAUGGAGAACCUAAUCAGAAGUAAACCCAAGACUGCUGAACCGGUUCAAGAGCGAUUGGCUCAACCACAUGUCGAUUUGGCCAAGGUGUGGUGGAUUAUCACUGAAGUUCUCCCGAAUCACCCCAGCUUACAGGGAUACGGUAACGCGACCCCCGAUGCACAAGUCGAUCUUGCAAGGAAAGCUGGAGAUGCUGCGAGCGCAGAAGUGUUUGAUAUCCAGAACGCAAUUACUCACUACCUGAAGCUACUCGUGGGAUCGAUGAAGAAGCAUCAUAGUAUGCCCCCUACACAAGCGCUCAUCCAGGGACAAGACCAGAAGAUAUGGGAAGAAUACCCCACAUUCCCUGCAGAUGCGGCGAGUGUGCUGACCUCUGGACUCCCUACACCCAACGGCAGCCAGUCACAGUUUAGCCUGUCUCAGUACAUACCUCUCUCCGACACCAAAACCGACUUCUGCUACUUUCGCAUGUUUGUCAAAGCCUCCGUGUCCACCGAUAACCCUACGACAGAUCGUGUUCCUAUGGAUGCUGUCGUAUCUGUCAUGCGAUCCAAGGAAGAGUACCAGAUCAAAUUGGCUAUCUGCAGCCAGAACAGUCUUAUCAAUCUCCUAGUCGGCUCGGGCUCGGUGCUUACGUGGAAAGACGUCCAAUGGAAGCAGCAGGCAUCACAACUUAACGUCCAGCUACGACAUGGAUUUGUGCUCACUAUGGCGCUGCACGAGAGCGACUUCCGCAGCCUCUGGUCUAUUGUCAACCACACAAACAGAACCGAGUCAGAUUUACGAGAGCGAAGAGACGAGCGCUUUGCUUGUAAGAUGUACCUGAAAGAGGCGAGUUACAGAGAUCCCGCAAAUCCAUCAGCGUUUGCAGCCGACAGGGUAGCAGGCUGCAAGCUCAUGGUUUUUCAAAGGAUUGAACGCAGCAGUGAAGGUACAGGCAAGCGGAAAUUGCAUCGAGGCUAUCGCAUGGUUCUGGUCACGCCGCAACAAACUAAGCAAAUCAGCCUGAUCAACCACGAGCUUGGAACAAAGCAAGAGCCUAUGAACUUCGAAUACGUGACCGAAGCUAAUCAAGCACCUGCGUUGAGAUUGCGUUUCCGUGAAGAAGGUGCCGAUAAGAGGCUAAGAACAUGUACAGCCCAUCUUGUCUUCCAGGAUCCCAAGGAUCGCAACAACCUCUUUGGAACUUUUACCUCCAUGAACGUCGCAGAUGGUGAGACCACAUUCGCCCAAGUGGCCCUCAAGGCUUUCCACAUUGAGAGCGCAGACCAGGCAGAGGGCUUCACACAGGGUAGUCGCGUGCUCGAGAAGCUGCAGUGGGUAGAAGCCAAGGUUAUGAAUCAGGAUCCAGAAGCUGCGGGACUCGAGUCAGCACCUACUGUCAUGAGCGAGAGCUUGAGGAUCAUGUGCCGUCAUACUGCUGGUAUCGUCUCCGACCGCAUGAACUUGGGACCUGGUGAACUCUUGGUUCGCCUUCCAGUUGACGGCGCCGCCGAGCUCACACUCCUCCGUGAGGCCCAACAGGAUAUGGCCGUGGCUGUCGAUGCUAGCCGUACCGACCCUAACGUUCCUGAUGAGCUGGCAAAGCUACUCAAAACUCUCACAAGUGCAUCCACGAUCCGACGACUAACAUUCAAUUCGUUCAACGAUCUCCACGCCUUCCAGUUGGCUGUCACUGGCUUCCACGUCAAAUUUGAUGGUCUCGCAGACUCCUUCUCCAUCUCCCGCCGUCGCAUGGUUGUCCCCAUCUACAAACAAUGGACUGCCAACCGGAUCCGUCUCCAAAUUGUCGAACAAGACAACAUCAUUCAACUUCUCGCUUUCUUCGAAGACUUUUCCCACGCUGACGCCAUGAACUUCCAGCUCCGUCUAACCGAUACUUUCCAAAAGACGGACAAGGGCGGACAGUUUGGACUGAAGCUGGUUGAUGCAAAGUUCGCACUGCCUGUAGACGAAAGACGUGGCCAGGGCAAGAUCCAGAAGGCCGAAGGUAGAGUGACGGGCUGGACGGGCACCAAAAGACGAUUCGUUUGUCUCGAUGAAAUUGAGUAUCCAGGCGAGCAUGACGAUAUUCUUAUCAUGUUUGAUUCUGCAGAGACACGCGAUACAUUCGCCUCAGCACUCCCUGCUGCGACCAUGGAGCGCAAAUUUACCGUUCGAAGGAAGAUAUAA